AUGGAUGAUCUUUAUUUUGGACUCCCACCUCCAGCUUUAAAAAAAAACAACCUAGAUACUGAAUCAGCAGCAAAUUUUGGCUUUGAAACAAUUUCUGCCAUAAAAGAGCCGGACACAUGGAAUGUAUUUAUUGACUCAUUAAUAAAGUGUAAUAACAUAAACUACGAUAAAAAGGAUCUAGAUGUUCAAUUCAUAGAUAAAAAUGAUGGCCUUUCAGAUCUGGAGUACAAUCCUGCAUCACCAAAUGUUUACAUUACGCACUGGCCUGAAGAGAAAUCACCUUUGACGGAAAAAAAUGUUCCAACUCAGGAAACCGAAAUUAACUUUGAAAUAGGUAAAAAGCUACUUGAAAAAAUGGGGUGGAGACAGGGAGAGGGUUUGGGUAAAGAUAACCAAGGUAUAAAAUUUCCUAUAGCAAUACGUAGAAAAAAAAACUUUAUCUAA